AAUGGCAUCAUAUCAUAUCGUCUCCAAUUCUCCAUCUAUAAAUUAAAGCAAACGAACACCGCAGUGCGUACAUCCUGCGAUGCUCCGCCUUAUGGGUUUACCAUCCUUAACCUUAAACUAUUGUAUCCUAUGUUUUCUACUGGUUUAUGCGGCAGCUUCUGGUGUGGAGAACGAGAACCAAAAAGUAGUAGUAUGUCCAUUCCGUAGCAUAUACCAGUUUGGUGCUUCCCUCCACGACACCGGAAACUUGAUACGAGUGGGUGCCAUUGGUCCAACCCUGCCGGCUGCUCGUCUUCCCUACGGUAUAACUUUCCCUGGCAGGCCUACCGGCCGCUGGUCCGAUGGCCUCCUUAUCGUUGACUUUAUUGCUCGAGCUGUUGGGCUACCCUUGUUAAAUCCCUACUUGGACAAGAAUGCUUCCUUCACUAACGGUGUGAAUUUCGCGGUUACCGCCAGUACUGCACUUGAUAUUGGUUUCCUAGCACAAAAGGGUGUUGUUGUCCCAAGUAUUACCGUCCCUCUUAGUGGACAGAUCAACUGGCUCAAAACUUACCUCUCCUCCUCCAUCUGCGCCGCCCCGUCAGACUGUAAAGACAGACUAAAGAGAAGUCUGUUUUUUGUCGGUGAGAUUGGACGAAAUGACAUCACUUUCGCGUUAGUACAAGGAAGAACCAUUCAAGAAGUGGCGGCGUUUGUGCCCGACAUAACAACCUCUGUUAUCAAUGCUGUCAGAGAAGUUAUCCAGGUGGGUGGCAGGCGUAUCGUAGUACCUGGGACAUUUCCUUUAGGAUGUUUUCCUAAUCUGUUGAGUCAAUUCGGGACCCAGGAUCCUAAAGAUUACGAUGAACUAGGAUGUCUGCGCAGCAUCAACAACCUUACUAUCUUCAGAAACAACCAUCUCCAACAAGCUUUGGGAUCGCUUAGGAAGGAAUUUCCAGACGCCGUCAUCCUUUACGCCGACUACUACGCAGCCUUCCAAUCGUUUCUUGCUCGCGCGCCUUUACUUGGGUUCCACCAGAACAAGUUAUAUAUGACAUGUUGCGGGAGCGGUGGAGGGCAAUAUAACUAUGAUAGAAACAAGGUAUGUGGGUCCACAGGCGUGAUUUCCUGCCCAAACCCACCUCAAUACAUACACUGGGACGGCGUACAUUUAACCCAGAAAGCUCAUCUUGCCAUAUCGCAAAUAGUCAUUCCCAAUAUCCUCUCGAGAAUUCAGUGUUUCUAAUGUAAUACCAUAAAUAAAUAGGUCCCUUAUUAGAUUA